AUGUGGUGGACAUUUAUAUCGUCAUGUUCACGAUACAAACAGGAUUUAACAAAGGAGAAUGAAUGUUUGCGACACGCAUUCGAGCAAGCGGAGGAGAAGUUGCGACAAUUGUCGCAGGAGAGACUAAAUUCGCAAAAUACAAUAACGGCAGGAAAAGAAUCGGCCGCGAACAAGUUAAUAGAAGUCAGCAAAAAAUGCAGAAACCAAACCGCUAAGAUAGAGGUAUUGAAGACGAAAUGUAAGAAUCUAGAAGCUAUUCUGGCUGUAAAAAAAGACGAGUUGGAGCGCCAAAAGGUAGAAUUACAACGGAUUCUCAAACCCGAAGCAUGCAAGAAUUCCAGCAGCGAGAAUGGAAGUCAGGAUAAUGGAAAAGAGAAAGAUUCAGGGAACAAUGCAGGAAAAGGAGACGACGAGCGAAUUAAGUGUUUGAGAAACAAGUUGCAAUGGACUCAAACGAAACUUUGCGAAUCGAGAAACACGUGUGCUACUCUUCGGCAAGAGUUUAAGAAAGUUCAAAAGUUGUUGUGUAGCGAGGUGGGCGAAAACGUCAGUGUCACCGCGCUUUCGGGCGUACCAGGUGGUUGGCGCGGACGAGCUGAGCAAAUCCGAAAUUUGCAGCAGAAAGUGACGGAAUUACAGAUCAAAUUGUCGGAACAUGACAAAUGCCAGAAAGAAUCCUCCGAUCAUUUGACAUCUCUGGAUCGACAAAACUUGGCUAAUCUCCGUAUUGUUGAGAAGGAGAGACGGCAACAGAUAGAAAAUACGGCGAAAGAACUCAGGCAGGCGGAAGUAACGUUAGAGAUCUUGAAGAGGAAGUUUGACGCCUCUAAGGCGAGAAUAAGAGUGUUAGAACACGAGCUGAAUGUGGCGAGAGGAAAUAUCGCAAUGCUAAAUGAGAAAAGAUCUCACGACGAUCGUCUCAUCGAGGCGCUGAAUAGACGAUUGAAGAUCGCUGAGGCGAAGUAUCAAGAGUACAAAGUGGAAGUGCAGAACAAGGAACACAAGAUCGAACGUGAGAACGCGAACAUUAAAAACGAACUGCAAGCUACACAAUUGCGUGUCGAUCGGUUACGUAGGAGAUUGGAGGAACGUGAGAUCGAAAUCGACAAGUUGAGAAAUGAUGUUGCGUUGGAUGAAUCCUUCAAGUGUCGAACUUCCCUUCGUUCAGACUUUGGGUCGUUCAAAGGGUGUCACGUCAGCCCACCUGUUAGUUCACGAAAUUUAGGUGAACCCAACGAAUAUGUAAUUUUAGCUUUAGCCGCAGAGGCGGAACGUGUGAGAUUAUUAGAAUUGGUGACUUUGCUCAAUCGUCGUUUGGACAAGGAGAGAAAUGAGAUGAUCUCCCUUGAGGAAUCUUUGCGUGAAGAAAAAAGGAAAUGCGCAAAAUUGGAAUCAAAAUUGCGGGACUCGGAAAAGGAGAGGGUGGGACUCGUCAAAGUGGACUCCGGAUACAGAGCGAAAUCCCGCGUGAGAUCAACGUCGAGUCUGCAAACGUGUGAAGAGGUCAUCAACCCUGAACAAGAUCGCUUCAGAAUUGAAUUACUGGAAGAGGAGUGUCUCGCGCUUAAGGCCAGAUUAGAUACGGUGCAACAGGACAAAGCCAACGAUCUCGCUGUAUAUAAGCGAAUACUCGAUCAGGCUAGACGGACUUUCAAAGAUGCGUGCAGGAACACACCGUUAGCAGCCGGCGGGAGUCGUUCCACGAUAACUAUUUAGCCACAAAAAGAAGAGGGAAAAGGAAGAGAUCGGCGCCAGUGUUCAGGAAGUAAAACCAACCGUUUAAUCCAACGCGCACCCGCGUGCGAGGGACAGCAGACCGAUUUAACGACGAUCAGCGAGUGUUAAGCGCGCCGUUUUCGACGAAGAAAUAAAACGUCUCCUCGGAGACGAACGGGGCCAGUCGCGAUCGGAGUGGAUGUAGCAGCAACAAAGCCGCGGCGUGAUGAUGUAACUAGGACACGAGAGAUAAGGUGCAACGCCUCCACGUAAACCCGCGUGACACCGUCGGAGCAAAACUCGUCGUUUCGCUUCCACCUCGCGUCGUCGCCGUCGUUGUCGUUCUCUUAACACCGUCGAUGUUUGCUCGGCCAACUCUGUCGUUUGCUCUCGCCAUUGAUAUCGCGCCGGCGACAUCGCGGCCGUAAAUUCAUCCCGUUUCUUCUUCGUUCCUCAUAUUAUAACAGAGAACUGGCAAGACGCGACAAAUUCUCGCGCGUCGCGUUCGAAUCUACUUGCGGGAGUUCGGGUGAGAGAAGUUCGACGAUUGGAUGAUCCUGACGUUGCGAAUCGCGAUGCGACGCGAUAACGGUGCGUUGAAAGAAAAUCUUAUAUGAAACAGGAGGUCCGUCCGGGGAACUUCUGAAUUAGUGCACGUUAGUGCGAUAAGUUAGAGUGGGAGCAAGUAUAUUUGUUUCACUCUGAUUUAUUGCACGAGUUCUUCGAAAACGAACAAACCUGGAGAUUUUUUCUAAUGUAGAAUCGCGUAAGAGUAUCAUCGUUCAGCGUAAUCUCAGGUGUUGUUACACUUUCGUUUUUGUGUUUACAAAGUGAACCAAAUCUGUCGUUCAAGUGCUCGCUUAAGGUCACGGAUGGGCGAUUUAUCUUUAGUAAAAAUCGAUUCUUGAAUUGAUUUUGAGUCGGAAUAAUUAGAAACGACUUGCUAAAAAUAUAUCUAAAAGUAUUUCAACUACUGAAAGUAUCAAUUUUGAAAAAAUCGCGCAACGAGACUUUAAACACCAACGUUUUAUGUAAAAGUCUGAUAUAUCUAAUAAAUAUAAUUAUGAGGUGUUUCUUUAAAA